UAGAGCGCAUCUCUUCUCCUUCUUCAAAAUGGAAAAAUUCCAGUCUUCCAUGCGCAAACGGCUGUACAGCUUGCCGCAAAACAUUGGGCAAAAACCCUUCGUGAUUGACGAGGGAGACAACGGCGACAAGGACACUAAGAGGAAAAGUAUUCGGCUAAAACAUUUGUCCUCUUCGUCUCCUGCAAGGAGCAUUGAGGAGGCCAGGAGCGAAGACUUAGGAAGGGACGUUACUGUGAAGACCAACUUGAACGGGGACUGUCGCUUAUUUAGGGGCAGCAUUUCUUCCAUCACCGGGCGGCAUCCUCCCGGGUCAGAUCCAGCGGAGCAGCGGCGCCUCAUCCCCGAGGCUGAUGUCAGCGAGAGUUACCCCGGUGAGCACAGCCACGGGGCCCAGCAGUGGGCAACGGGUGAUCUGACUGGCGCAGCCGGGCAAGAAUCUAUGUUUGACCAGUCAAGUUUUAUCAAGUUGGAGGGUACCGAACAAAUCAUUUCAGAGGACGACCGGCUGUACCAAGCCGGCUUCAUGCAUCGGCAGUUUGGGGCGAUGCUCCAACCGGGAGUCAACAAGUUUUCUCUGCGGAUGUUGGGGAGUGAGAGGGCCGUGGAGCAUGAGAGGGAACGAGUAAAGUCCGCUGGCUUCUGGAUAAUCCACCCGUACAGUGAUUUUAGGUUCUACUGGGAUCUAACCAUGCUGCUGCUGAUGGUGGGAAACCUCAUCAUCAUCCCUGUGGGCAUCACCUUCUUCAAGGACGAGCACACGCCGCCCUGGAUAGUCUUCAACGUGGUCUCAGACACCUUCUUCCUCAUGGACCUGGUCCUCAAUUUCCGCACAGGCAUCGUCAAGGAGGACAACACAGAGAUCAUCCUAGACCCGCAUCAGAUUAAGAUCAAGUACCUGAAGAGCUGGUUCGUGGUGGAUUUCAUCUCCUCCAUACCUGUGGACUACAUCUUUCUCAUUGUGGAGACACGCAUCGACUCAGACUUUUACAAGACGGCCCGAGCCCUGAGGAUCGUCCGGUUCACCAAGAUCCUCAGUCUGCUGCGGCUGCUGCGCCUUUCCAGACUCAUUCGCUACAUCCACCAGUGGGAAGAGGUUUUCCAUAUGACCUAUGACCUGGCCAGCGCCAUGGUGCGCAUCAUGAACCUGAUUGGUAUGAUGCUGCUGCUGUGUCACUGGGAUGGCUGUCUGCAGUUCCUGGUUCCCAUGCUGCAGGACUUCCCACCUGACUGCUGGGUCACUAGAAACAAGAUGGUGAAUGACACUUGGGGUCAGCAAUAUUCCUACGCCCUGUUCAAGGCCAUGAGUCACAUGCUGUGCAUCGGGUACGGCCUGUACCCCCCUAUCGGCAUGGCUGACGUGUGGCUCACCAUCCUCAGCAUGAUUGUGGGCGCUACCUGCUUCGCCAUGUUUGUUGGGCAUGCGACUGCACUCAUUCAGUCUCUGGACUCCUCCAGGAGGCAGUACCAGGAGAAGUAUAAGCAGGUGGAGCAGUACAUGUCCUUCCACAAGCUUCCUGCCGACAUGCGCCAGAGGAUCCACGAAUACUACGAACACCGCUAUCAGGGCAAGAUGUUUGACGAGGAAAGCAUUUUGGAGGAGCUGAAUGAGCCACUGCGAGAGGAGAUCAUCAACUUUAACUGUCGCAAACUGGUGGCCUCCAUGCCUCUCUUUGCCAACGCUGAUCCGAACUUUGUCACCUCCAUGCUGACCAAACUGCGCUUUGAGGUCUUCCAGCCAAGCGACUACAUUAUCAGAGAGGGAACCAUCGGCAAGAAGAUGUACUUCAUCCAGCAUGGCGUUGUCAGUGUCAUCACCAAGAGCAGCCAAGACACCAAGCUGUCUGAUGGCUCUUAUUUUGGAGAGAUCUGCCUGCUAACCCGAGGCAGGAGGACAGCCAGCGUGCGAGCAGAUAACUACUGUCGGCUGUACUCUCUGUCGGUGGACAACUUCAACGAGGUGCUGGAGGAGUAUCCCAUGAUGAGGAGGGCCUUUGAGACCGUGGCUCUCGACCGCCUGGACCGUAUCGGGAAGAGGAACUCUGUUCUUCAGAAUAAAGUCCAGCAUCACCAAAGUUCUGGCAUACUAAACUUUCAAGAGAGCGAGAUCAUCCAAAGAAUAGUGCAACAUGACCGUGACAUGGCUCAAUGCACGCAGCUGAUCCAGACCAGCCCAAAGAGCCUACACCUUCCCCCUGCACCCCCAUCUCCCACCCCAGUCAUCUGGGCCCCGCUGGUUCAGGCCCCGCUCCAGGCUGCUGCUGCUACCACCCCACUGGCUCUGGCCUUAGCCCACCACUCCAAGCUGCCUUCCAUCCUCUUCCACCAUCCUCUGGCACCAGGCCCCCUGAAGGACCCCACCAGCCAUCCAAAGAGAGUCCAUGUUGGAGCAAACGCAUCCAGUAGCUGUGGCUCAAGGCCCGGUUCUCCUACCAACUCCAGCCAAUUCAGAUCUGGGAUUGAGACUCCCACAUUGGCUUCCCUCAGGGCACAGCAUCUCGCCACUGGGCCUGUGUCAGCCACACUGACGUCCCAGCCCAUCUUCACCAGCAGCCUGCAGCCGCUUGCCCCUCUGCCCUCACACCAGCUCCCGCACCAUCCUCCCCACUCCGGCAUCGCCUCAGUCUUCCCCAUCAACCAGACCACUGUCUCCUACACCUGCUCUGCUCAGCUCCACCCUCAGCCCUUCCACGGUGCUAUGACCACCCCACCACACCCGAUAGGUUUACUCCAGCAGGGGGCGCCAGGGAGGCUAGCAGAAAGAUUCCCAGCCCCCUCUGCCUCCACCAUAAACCCUCUCAUCUCCAGCUCAGUUGGCCCCUUACUAAGCCAGCUGCAGCAGACCUCUCACGCCGCGCAGCAGAUGGGGUACAAUCAUGACAGAGCAUGCAGAAUAUCCAGUGGUAUGAACCUCCCACAUUUUCCCUUCAACACCAGCACUCAGUCUUCCACUGGAUUUAUUCAACCAGGGUCUGCAGUCGGAGCUGGGGCCGCAGCAUCCUUGGCUCAGCAAAGCCUUGCAGGUCUUCAAUCUGUUUUCCUCCCCCAGGUUCUCCCCGAGCACUCGGCCCUUGCCUCCCUGGCCCAGUAUGGCUCCGCUGAAGCCUCGCCCUGCUACACGCCUCCACUCCACAGUCCCAGCAUACAGAGCCCUGUGAGGGGAAGGACAGUUUACAACAGUCAGCUCCCCAGUGCUAUGGGCUCUCGCAGCCCUCUAACCCCUCAGACCUCAUGCCCUGCCAGGGUAGCGUGGACACCCAAAGAGACAGCUGAGUCCUCGGUGGAUCUCUUUACCCAGGAAAUAAAGACUAUCUCAGGCUCUCACAGCUCUUUACACCAGGAACGGCCUUUUGGCCAUGAGGGCUCUUCAGAGGGGGUAGCAGGGUCAUUUAUUCCCUUCUCCUCCCCCAUGGCUGUCAGUAAACCCUACAGCCCAAUCCCGGGUCAAGUUGCUCCUGUCAGUCGGACACAUUCUGGGCCCGAACCUCAGAACCAGUCCGUUGGUUUUCACUCUUCCCUCGCUAGAUCCCCUGCUAAGACGUUAGAGACCGAAGAAAAACAGUCCAAACUUCCAUCCAACUUGUGAGGUUCAGACACACCCUCCUUUAAUGCCUGAACAAACAGGAGCGCACCUCUUUCUUGGCAUUGUUUUAACCAAUCAUUUGUCAAUUUCAAAAGUUGGAGGGUGUGAAAUGCUAAACAGAUUUGGUUUCAUUUUUAAUCAGACUGAAUGGAUCGGGGAUAAUUAUGGACAAUGAUGAAUAUUUUUCUACAGGAUAUUGCAUCUUUGAAUAUAGUAAUGAAUCCAAAACCUAUUGAUGGGUAUAUAUAGCACCUCAUAAAAAUAUCAAUUGUUCUAUGUAUUGUAUUAUAAUCACACUCUGUGAUUUGUUAUAAGUAUUAUGUUUAAACCCCAUUGUCCAGGCAAUUUUGUGUAACCUUUUAGCUACACCCGUUUAGUUGGAAAUUUGUCCACAACUGUAUCCAGUUAUGAAUGAGACCAAAAAUGACCCUUUUUAUGUCCUUUCCCUCCACCGAGUGUCAUUUGUAUGCAAGGUUUCUAAGAGAUUGUAGGAAAGACAGACUGUGCACUUUGCUUGUUUCAGAGAUCACCUAACGUAAUGGUUUGAUGAUGGCACGUCUUCCAAGAUAGCGUUUCAGCAAUAUUGCACACCCAAAUGGGUCACACAAAUCCAAUCACACUCAAAAAAAACUGAAGUAAUGAAUGUAAUGUUUGUCUGUCUGAGUGGGAGAAGCAGGAUUAAUUUUAAAAUGUGUUGAACUCAAGGGUGAUGAUGGUUUUUUGAGUACUGGAAAGUGCAAUAGAGACAACACACAUUUCCGUUUCUGUCCCUCCACAACUGCUCCAGUGUGUGGCGAGGGGCACUAUUUUCGUUACAGAACAUUUGUCUGUGUGCCAUCAGCAUAGUAUGCAAUAAUCUGUGUUUUUUUAUGGGUAUACAAAGGUACUGUGAAUCAAAGCACUUGAGUCGAUACGUGAGAUUCUGUUUUUAGUUAGAACAGAUUAAAACAAGGGAAUUAAAUGGAAUAAAUGCAAUUGUGGAUAAUCAAACAUCCUGAAACCAGCAAUGCACUAAGACUGAUCUGAAUGGUUCUUGCACCAGUCAAAGGGCUAAAAGCAGUUACUUGGACACAUGGUUAAUAAGAACCCCUGAUGGGUCAUAUUGCUGCAUAUUUACCUCUUUCAUUUUACAUUAUUUGAUUGUAAGAUUUGACAUCUGUUGUUGAACAAUUGCUGCUUUGUGAUGCUAUGCUGAAUCAACAAGAAGUGUAUCACUGACUGCGUUUUUAAAACCAGACUCUUAAAUCCUUGUACUUGUUACUAAGUUCAUGUGUUUAAAUGAUAUUCCUCUCCCUCUCUGUGGACCUGUGGCUGACGAGGAACUGUGAGCAGGUUGCAGGUCAGCAGGUCAAACCGUUGGAGGAUCCUGUCCAGUGGCUUUAGCUGCCUGGUUACUGAACCAGGGGGAAGGGAGAUACUAUCAGUCACUAGCCAGUCGCUGCCAAUGGGCCUGAUCAAUCCAUCAUUACUAUUCUCCUCCAACCCCUCACCCCCACACCACCUGUCAGAGGCAUCAGCUUGGGUUGAGUGUAAGGUUAGUUUGAGUGCAUUCAAUUAAAAGGUGUGUGUAGGAGAGGAGGUGUCAGUCAUUCAUAUAUUUACAUAUAUUUGUUUUCUCAUUUUGCUGCCUUUUAACCAACACAUCUGAGAAUUCCAUCACCUAUAUAUGUUAGGCAUAUUUUUAUUUUAGCUACUGAAUUCAGUGCAAUAAAAUAACAUAUGGUCAAU